AUGGCCCGCUCCACAGCCCAGAGACGUCUUUUGAAAGAGUACCAACAGAUAGCACGUGAUCCGCCGCCUGGAAUCGUCGCUGGUCCAGUUUCGGAAGAUAACCUUUUCGUCUGGGACUGUCUUUUGGAAGGCCCGGCAGACACCCCUUAUGAAGGCGGUGUUUUCAGUGCCACGUUGCGUUUCCCGUCAGACUACCCGUUGAGCCCCCCGACGCUCAAGUUCGAGCCGCCUUUGCUCCAUCCGAACAUCUACGCCGACGGAACCGUCUGUAUAUCGAUCUUGCAUCCGCCGGGAGAAGACCCAAACCAGUACGAGCGGCCCGAGGAACGGUGGUCGCCUGUGCAGAGCAUCGAGAAGAUUUUGUUGAGUGUGGUUUCGAUGUUGGCCGAGCCUAAUCCAGAGAGCGGCGCCAACAUUGAUGCGUGUAAGUUGUGGCGGGACCACCGGGAGGAAUACGAUCGGCAGGUGAAGGCCCAUGUCCGCAAG